AUUAUUUUCCUUUGGAACAAAGCAAGAUUCAUCAUAAAUCACAUAAAACUCUUCAAAUCCCAACAUGCUAACAAUGGAUUUCAGGCCAACUUUUCUAUAAAUUCCACCUCUAUCCCACCCCAUUUCUUCCCAAGAAAAUCUCUCUCUCUCUCUCUCUCUCUCUCUCUCUCUCUCUGCUGGUGAUCAUAUUGAAGAACUUUUGAAGUCCAUGUUACCGCGAAAAAUGGCAAAAGCUCCUGUAUUCUUGAUUGGGAUUCUAGUUUUGUAUUGCUGGGCAGCGUCAGUAAAUGCAGAAGAGUACAGGAUAUACAAAGAUCCGAAACAGCCAAUAAACAGGAGAAUCAACGACUUAAUGGACAGGAUGACCUUAGCUGAGAAGAUAGGCCAAAUGACACAAAUCGAACGAUCGGUGGCAUCAGCUGAGGUCAUGAAGAAGUAUUUCAUAGGCAGUGUGUUGAGUGGUGGAGGCAGCGUUCCGGCUCCACAGGCAUCGCCUGAGACGUGGAUCGACAUGGUGAAUGAUUUGCAGAAGGGCUCACUGUCAACCCGUCUUGGGAUACCGAUGAUAUAUGGGAUUGAUGCAGUUCAUGGCCACAACAAUGUCUACAAGGCCACGAUUUUUCCUCACAAUGUUGGUCUAGGCGCUACUAGAGACCCUCAGUUGGUGAAGAAAAUUGGAGCUGCAACUGCUCUUGAAGUCAGAGCUACAGGCAUCCCUUAUACUUUUGCACCUUGCAUUGCGGUGUGCAGAGAUCCAAGAUGGGGCCGGUGUUAUGAGAGCUACAGUGAAGAUCCGAAUGUUGUUAGAGCAAUGACCGAGAUUAUCCCUGGACUACAAGGAGACACACCGGCUAAUGGUCGAAAGGGCGUUCCCUACGUUGCUGGGCCACGAAAUGUUAUGGCUUGCGCCAAACACUACGUUGGUGACGGUGGAACGACCAAAGGAAUAAAUGAGAAUAACACAGUGGCAACCAGACAUGCAUUACUUAGCAUUCAUAUGCCAGCCUACUACGACUCAAUCAUCAAGGGCGUGUCAACGGUCAUGAUCUCCUACUCGAGCUGGAACGGGAUAAAAAUGCAUGCUAAUCGUGAUCUCAUCACUGGCUUUCUCAAGACAAUACAGCGUUUUAGAGGAUUUGUCAUCUCAGAUUGGCAGGGAAUUGACAGGAUUACGUCUCCUCCUCACGCCAACUAUACGUAUUCAAUCCUAGCAGGAGUCAACGCUGGAAUUGACAUGAUUAUGGUUCCAUACAACUAUACAGAGUUCAUUGAUGGUCUCACCUCCUUGGUGAAAAGUAACUUCAUUUCCAUGAGUCGCAUUGAUGAUGCUGUGAAGAGGAUUCUACGAGUCAAAUUCACAAUGGGUCUGUUUGAACACCCGUUGGCUGAUUAUAGCAUGACCAAGUACCUGGGAAGUCAGGAGCAUAGGGAACUGGCAAGAGAAGCGGUAAGAAAAUCACUUGUCCUGCUCAAGAACGGCAAAUCUGCAGACAAGCCAUUACUACCACUUCCUAAGAAGGCAUCAAAGAUUCUCGUUGCAGGAACUCAUGCCGACAACAUUGGUAACCAAUGCGGUGGCUGGACGAUUCAGUGGCAGGGACAGAGUGGCAACAUCACAGAUGGUACCACAAUCUUGACAGCAGUAAAGAAUACAGUAGACCCGAAAACAGAAGUUGUGUUCAGUGAGAAUCCGGAUUCUGGUUAUGUGAAAUCGAACAAGUUCUCAUAUGCAAUUGUUGUGGUCGGGGAGCCACCGUAUGCAGAAACAUUUGGAGACAACCUAAACUUGACGCUCCCUGAUCCGGGGCCUAGUAUUAUCACAAAUGUCUGUUCAUCAGUGAAAUGUGUAGUUGUUCUGAUCACGGGGCGUCCAGUCGUUAUCCAACCGUAUCUUAAACAAAUUGAUGCCCUUGUAGCUGCAUGGCUUCCAGGGACGGAAGGCCAAGGUGUUGCUGAUGUUUUAUAUGGCGAUUAUGGUUUCACCGGCAAGCUUUCACGUACAUGGUUCAAAAACGUUGAUCAACUUCCGAUGAACGUCGGGGAUCGACACUACGAUCCUCUAUUCCCAUUUGGAUAUGGACUUACUACAGAACCUGUGAAGGCCAACUAGAUAGAUAAUCAGCGUAUGCUCCGGGAAUGUGACGUUUUUUGUGCUUUAUGAGCCAUAUUGAAGAUUGUUGUCUUGAUUGCCAAUGCUCUGAACAACUUUAUCUCUGAUAAAUUCUAAUUUAAAUUGAA